CGGUUAUCACUUUACAGUCUUAAAACAAUGUCUUCCACUGAAGAUGAUCCCUACGAAAGUGUUUCAAAAGGUCCCCUAAAAUUAAAAGGAGUGGAAACCAUCAGCAAAAAGAAAAAGAAGAAGGAGAAGGAAAAAAAGAAGCUGGGGGAAGUGACUAAAAUUAUUGAAGACGAGAAGCCUGACGAGGCAGCUGGCAGCUCCACUCUCAAGCUAACAAAGGCUCAACUGGCUUUCAAGAAAAUGCAGGAAAAGACGGUAACCGAGCGAAUCAAACAGAAAGCAUCUUUAACGCAUAAACAAAGAGUUGAAGAAUUCAACCGGCAUUUAGAUAGUUUGACAGAGCACUUCGACAUUCCCAAAGUCAGCUGGACGAAAUGAAAUCGAAGUUUUGACAAGUCGGUGGAUACUUGUUACAUAAUUUUAUUAAAGUUUACUGUAGUAUUAAGUAUUAGGAAUAAUAUUGAGAUCAUAGAAUAUAAUUCAUUAUAUUAUAUUGCCCUUAAAAAUGUGUAUAAUGUUAGGAAUAAGGAUUUUAAUAUUUUUUUUAGAUUUAGAUUUGAUGUUAGAAUUUUAGCUCAUGAUUUAUUAUUCUUGUGACGUCUAUAACUAAAUAUUCUUAAGGGCCGUUUAAACUUAAAAAUAUAGAUAAAAUUUGCGUAAGUUUCUUUUAUUUUAUUUUGAUGGAACUUUAAAUUAUACACAGUUUAUUGAAUGGUACAUAUAUAUUAAAAUAAAACAAUUUCUAUUCCUCAAA